AUCACUUGACACUACAGCACAGAUAACAUACCUCACUGAGACAAGUAUUCACUACUCCGCUGUUGAAGCACAUGUCACGUCCUUCACACACAAACACACACACAGAGGGAGAGUCCGCCCCCUCUCCCCCCUCUCCUCAGCUCCUGUCCUGUGGAGGAUCCAAACACUUCUUCUCCUACUUUACCUGUUUUCUGUUGUAACCGACACAUCAGGAUGGGAGUUACAGGAGCGGUUUCCAACAAGCCUGCAGGCGUCCUGUAAGGGACGGACCCAGCUGGUGGCUGCUCCCUGCUCGCCGAGCGUAGACCCCCUGAGAGAAGCAGGAGGGGUGGGUGGGUGGGUGGGGGGGGGAGGAGGAACCAUGAUUGACCUGAGCCACUUGACGGAGGAGGAGCAGGGGGCGAUAAUGACGGUGCUGAGGAGGGACGCCGAGCUGAAGAAAGCCGAGGAGGAGAGAAUCAGGAAACUGGAGAGGAUUUUGGACAGCGGAUCGCAGCCAGACACCGAGCGGAAGUACCGGACUGGAGAGUGGUUUUACGAGGCCAAGUCUCGCAGACACAUGGACAAGAUCCACGGCUCGGAGAUCAUCCUGGCCUCCAUGAACAAGAGGAAAGCUGCUUUAGAUGGUUCCUUAAGAAUUGAAAGAUCCAAGACGCCCGGCAGUCGAGGAUCAGACAACGUCGCUCCACCAAAACCUGCCAGAUCUUUGGAACCAGGACAACAGCAGGACAUCAACGAUGCAGAAAAAGAGAAUCUAAAUUCAGUAGUCCGCUCUCCAAGAAGGCCGAGGCACAACCCUUUCAACCGCCCUUCCCUUAUUGUUGUUGAGCCACCUGGAAAUAAUGAUGACAUGUCAACCAGUCAAGACCAGGUGUCACCUGAGACAGAGAUCAUAUCUCCAGUGAAGAGCCAGCCAGCAGAGGCCAGUCACACGUCAGGGGGCUCCCUCACAUCCGAGGGCUCCUCUGUAGGUUUCAGGCCGGUGCCAAAGAAGAGGACAUUUCUAUCAAGACGUACAUCCAGUCAGUCAGAAAGCAACAGCCUGGCGUUGGACGCUCAGGGAGGGUCAGCGGGGAUCGUUCCUGCCACAAGACUGAGCCUCCAGCGAGGGUCCAGUGACAGCUCGAACCAGUCCUACCUGAAGGGCCGAGAUGAAAUACCUCAGAAAAGCAUUGUUCCUAAUCAAGUGUCUCAGUCUGCUCAGCCAUUCAGACCUCUAGAUAAAAACUCCCAGCAUACACUACAUGAUGUAUCUCUGGUUUUGUCUAAUUCCAGUCUGGAGAGAGAAAAUACCCCAAGAGACAGGUCAGUGGACGCUUCCCCCCGCAACGCCGACCCCAACAUUUUAAUUCAACUCUCUGAUCCUUCCACAGCAACUCACCACCUACAUCAUUUCAGACCAGCCACUUUUGGCCGGAGUGAUGCGUCCAUUGGCAGAGAGAUCCCAAAGAAGGGCGAUGCACGAGAGGAUCAGACACGAAGAGAACGUGCAGCGGUGAACACCGGCAGCAUUCAGGAUCCAGACAACAGCAGUGUGGGAACAGCAGGGAGGCAGGAAGAGCUGAGUCUGCCCCAAAGCACUGUUGAUCCACAUCCUCCAGAAUCUUAUGAUCUCAACUUCAUUGAUACGUCUGAUGAGCAAACGCAGAAGAAAUCCAAUCAGAAACACGCAUUUCAGUUAUCCACUCAGACCGCCAGUCCCACCGGUGAUGAGGAGGACUCCAUUGCCAAGGUGCUGGACUGGUUCUGCCGCAGCACAGACAGCAUUGAUUCCCUAAGGACAGACAACGGUCCUAUGGCGACAAAGAGCUCCGACAAACAUGUAGAAAUCAGCAAUAUAAGACGUGAAGCUUCAUUACGAAAAGAUGCUGGGGAUAUUAUAAGUGAUUGGACAAAUGAAACCCUUGAGAUGAGGAGGAAUAACUUACAAACACAGAACAAUGAGGUUAAAGAGUUAAGAGCAACAGGCCGAGGAACACAAGAAGAGGUGAAGAAGGAUACCAGAGAAAGAAUGCUGUCACAGGAAGUUAAAGAUGGUAAUGAUGAAGGCCAACCGCCCCAAAUCACUCAUCUUAAGUCAUUCUGGGAGAAAAGCAACCCGGGACCUAAAAUACUCAUCAGCAAGUCAAUCAUGCCCAGCCACAACAAACAAAAACCCGUUCACCUCUCGGUGGAGAAAGACGAGGAAACAGUAAACAAACCCCACAGGGCACCUGCCAUGCCCGCUGUGUCCGGAGUAUACAACAGGGAGGGGAUUUAUGAUAAGUUCACUUCAAAUCAUCAGGAAAAGAAGGAAAACAGAAAGAUACUGCAGACAAUGUUCAACCAAAUAAUAAACAGGAGGUGUGCUAUUGAGCAUGUCUCCCAAACGAAAGAGGACACGACUAAUAAAGACCGAAUGACACACUCAAACAGGCAAGGUUUGCCACAUCAAGAAAGUGUUGCAGAGAAGAUAAAGCAGCUCAAAUCUUUUUGGGAGACGGAGAGGAACAAAUCCCCGUUUUACACCAGCAAACCUAAAGCUCUCGGGGAAGGUAAAGUCGCUCGUGCUGCGAAUCAAGCAAAACUGAAUAAAAGAUAUACGAAGUCCGAGUACGACCUGACGUCAAUCGGAAAUGAUUCCGGCAGCGAUGAGGAAGACUCUGAUAGAAAUCAUCACAAUUACAAUGUUCUUCCUUUUAAUCAGAGACUAGACAAGAUGUCCCCUAGCCUGGGCACAAGCCGAAUACAAUUUAACACUUUGCGGGAGUUCUGGGACGAGGCCACGUCAGAUACCAAGGGAUCAUUUUCCUUCGACAAACCCAAAAGCCCCAAACGGAAAGAGCCCAUAGGUGCCCAGCUUUCAUCUCAGGAGUUAAAGUGCGCUGACCCUGAGGUGUACAGCGUGACAGAGAAAACAAGACCACCCAUCGUGAAAUCAUCUCCACCUCCUCAGAAUCGAUCGAAGUCGCCUCAUGACCGACCGCUGGGGUCGAGGGCAGCAAACGAGGGCAAAAGCAACCAGUUUAAUUAUACAGCUGAGUCCAGAAGGAGCUCCAAAGACUCUAGUAGAGAGGAGAAAUCCACCAAACAGCCGAGCAGUUCAGGAAAAGAGGCCCGUUCUCCAAAGAGCAGAAAAGACAGCUUUAGCAAUUCGAGCAGUCGUGGAAAGUCAAUGCGUCGCGCCACCAGCAUGUUCUCUCUGAGCGUCCCCGAUGAAAAGGAGCUUAAAAUGGAUGUGAGCCCCAUCCAGUCCCAGAGCAGGAAGCAGAGGCAGAACGUGGAAAAAGGCGCCUCGCAGAGGAGAUCGUCAGAGGAACCGGAGCCUCUGGCUCCUCGUGCGCGGGCGUGCGUUCCCAGAGACUACCGCUAUUACCUGGGUAUGACGGACGAGACCAGCGUCCACACCUCCCUCGCCCCGCCAGCGAAGGACCAGGGGUCCGAAGGGAGGUCUGCCUAUGAGUUUGACCUGGGUGGGCCGAUGAGGGCCAGCACGCCGGUGAACUCAGAGGAGCGUUACGGCAGGAGGGGCAGCAAGGCCAGUCAGCGCCCUCCGUGGGCGAACUACAGCAGUUCAGACGCAGGUCAGGAGUCAUCGGUGAGCAGCACGUCAGAAACCUGGUCCAGGAACGGCUCAAACCGCGAGAAUGACGGCGACGGCCCGAGCCUUGUAAGGAAAGCGCUGAGGCGAGCAGAGGCACGGCCGAAAAAUCUGGCUAAAAGUAUGGAGGACAUCACAGCGUCCUUAUCACCACGACAAGAAAGAAGGCAAGACCCAACUGCUGACAUGAGACGCGUUAGUGAUGUUUCAUCCAUCCCGUCGCCCUCCUCCUCCUUAUUUUCGGAUCCGGAGCACCUGAAGAAGAUGAGCAAAUCGGUCCCUUCGUUCUUACAGAAGGAGGACGCUGGCAGAGACACUGACUCCACCUGCGAGGACAGUGACCCCCCAGGAAGACUAAUGAUGGGCAGAUCUUUGAAUAAUCUCACCGGCUCCUCUGGCAUGGCGUCUUUGUCUUCUCUGAGUGGAAGUGUGCUGACCAUGUACAGCGGGGACUUUGGGAAUGUGGAGGUUCAGGGAAACAUCAAGUUCUCCAUCAACUACAUCCAGAAGCUCCGAGAGUUUCACAUCUUUGUGGUGGAGUGCCAAGACCUGGCUGCCGUGGACCCGAAGAGGGGCCGCUCAGAUCCGUAUGUCAAAAGCUACCUGGUUCCUGACAAAGCUAAUCUGGGAAAGAGGAAAACAUCUGUAAAAAAGAAGACACUAAAUCCAACGUUCAACGAGAUCCUCAGAUAUCGAGUUCGCAUGGAGUACCUCAGAACCCAGACACUCAUUCUCUCCGUUUGGCAUCACGACACCUUUGGCAGGAACAGUUUCCUGGGCGAGGUGGAGGUGGACCUCUCUAAGUGGGACUUUGACCACACCCAGAUGAACUACUUAGCACUGAAAGCAAGGGCUGCACCCACUCUAGCGCCAUCACAUGGUCGAGGAGAGAUGAGACUAGCCGUGCGUUUCCUGCCACAGAUCAUCCACAGCGAAGGAUUAAUUAAGGCGGGUCCAAACACCGGAGAGAUUCACAUUUGGGUGAAAGAAUGCAAAAACCUGCCACUAAUCAGGGCCACCAUCGACCCAUAUGUCAAGUGCUUUGUGCUGCCGGACACGAGCAGGAAGAGUCGCCAGAAGACCCGUGUGCUGCGGAGGACCGUAGACCCGGUGUUUAACCACACGAUGGUGUACGACGGCAUCAAGCAGGCUGACCUAUCAGAAGCCUGCGUGGAGCUCACUGUGUGGGACCGAGACCGGCUAGCCAGCCACCUGCUGGGGGGCCUCAGGCUUGGUGCUGGGACAGGCAGAAGUUAUGGAGCGCUGGUGGACUGGAUGGACUCUACUCCCUAUGAGGCCGCCCUGUGGGAGCGCAUGAUGGCCACCCCCAAUGAAUGGGUGGAGGACUCACUCCCAUUAAGAUUCCUAAACUCUACAAAAACUGGUUUCAAAUAAGUCAAAGUCUACCAAACUGCCAUAGUACAGAGACAAACAUAUAUUCGAGAGGUGAAAACAGAGUGAUAGUAACAGUGUUAAAGAUUUAAAUUCAGUCAGGUAAAGCUUUCAGAGGAUUUUCGAUGAAAAAUAAAGAUGUGACUGUAGUUUUAACCUCAAGGAAAUAAUAUUUAGUUUCCACCCAAGAGGAAACAAACCCCAUUGGAGAUUGAGUUGUGUAUAAAUCCAGACACUGGAACAACUGGGAGCUAUUGUUCAAGAAGAAAAGCAGAAAUUCAACACCUGCUUUGACACCUGCUGGACUACAGUUUGGGUUAGCUUUUGCCAUUUCAAGGGUUUUUUCAAACAAGAAUGUCACUGGACAAAAGAAAGCACUGAGGCACACAGGGAAAUGUAAUCAAGAAAUCAUCCAUCAUUCAUGGUACAGUAAACCCCAAAUAAAAACAUUUAAAAACUAACAAAAUUAAAACCAAGCAAGUCGGGCAGACCAUUAGUUAGGCUUUAAUUCAUAUCCACACAUACAUGGGGAUAAUACUCACACUUGUACCAGGAUCUAGUUUCUAUUAUUUCACACUAUAUGCAACAUUUCUAAGGUCCAUCAUUUUGUUAGUUGCUCCCAAUAUGCAACGCACCCAUUACUCCCUAAAUAUCUCAUGUGCCAAAUAAUCAAGAUCUAAUCUCAGUUAUCACUUUGCAAGGCUAAUAUUAACCAACAUGUAAUGGCAAACAUGGUUACAAUAAAAAAAAUGUGCUACAACCUGGUGCAACGCAUCUUUCCCACUGUCCCUGCAUGAAUAAAAUGACAUUACUUAUAAUUAAGCGGUUGUAUCUUCUGAAAUCCUUGCUCUUCAAACUAACUCUUAUUUAGACAGUAUUGUUAUAAAUCUCAUUUGAAGUAUAGUAUACAGUAUGUAACACCAGAUGAACUGUUCCCCUAAUCAGAUUGAAAAGAAGUUGGAUUAAA